GACUUUGGCCUCGAUGUGGCUGCGUUCUGCAACCUGGUGGGAGCCAACUGUCCAGCGGCUUUUCUCCAUCUGGCCUUCCACUGCUGCAAGAUGGAGCCCACGGCCCGGCCCUCCUUCCUGGAGAUCGUCCAGCGCCUGGAGGCGAUGCUGCUGAUGGUGGGAGACCCCGGUCUGGCCCUGACAGACAACAACGGGACAGGUCAAACGGCCAAGCAGCUCUCCUUCCCCAACGUCCCAUCCGGCCUGCUUGGCCAACGGCUCUUGACCCCAGAGCAGCCCCUCUCCCGCAGCCAGUCGGACAUGUUCCGCCCUCGGUCGCCCACCUUGCCCCAUGCCCACGACACUCCACAGCGAGUCAACCCCUUUUCCCAGCGACAGGACCUCAAGGGAGGCAGGAUCAAGCUCUUCGACACGCCCAGCAAGUCCUUGAUCUCCCUGACCUUCAAUCUGCCGCCCCCCUCGCCUCUUCCACCCGGCACCCCCAUCACACCAGAACCCGCCGUGGAGAUGCAGUGCAACUUUGCCGAGCCCAUCCCCAUCUUGCGCAGGUGUCGCUCGCUGCCAGCUUCCCCAGAGCUGCCUCGCCGGGAGCAGGCACCCCACAGCCCGCUCUCGGCCCUGGACCAUACACCCCCGGACCCCCCUGUUUCCUUUGCCGGCGAGUGGAUGGACUGCAGUCCGGACAGCCCGGUGCCAGCAUCUGCUAGCCCAGCACCCCUGUUGACCAACGGCAGCUUCAUCAGCACGGCUGUAUCAGCAGCCCAGCCGUGGGCCCCCAACGGAAUACUCCUGAACAAUAACAGCAAGCCGCAUGGCUGGGGCGGGGGCUUCUCUGAGCUGAGUGUGCCCCCCACGGUGGAGAGAGCGCAGACAGAGUGCCCGGGGACGGCACUGCCCCUGAGCCCCUCCAACAGCAGCUGCGUGAUGGAGCAGGACGAGGUGCUGGCCUGCCCGGCCUGCUGCCUGGUCCCCUUCAGCUUCAGCUUUGCUUCUGUCUGCCACCGGCCGGCCGCCAGCACCCCCCGCUACCAGAACCUGAACUGCGAGGCCAAGAGCCUGCAGUGCCCGGAGAGGCACCCUCAGCAUUGCAAGGGCCUGGCACCGGGCCUGGCAGAACCCAGCCUCAAGUUGCCGGAAGCCCAGUCCUGAGGCUAGCCCUGUGGUCGAGGAGCACUUUGGAUCCACCUGGACGUCCUGGCUGCCCUUCAGACCUCUGGGAGCCAGACAGGCUGAGGGGGUGGCACUGCCCCAUUGGGACAGGCAGGUGCGAUAUUGAAGGCAGGGCUGCCAAGCCCGUCAGAAGGCAGGAGGAGCUGUCUGAUGCCCAGCCCGGUCUCUGUGCAAUAAGGGGCUGCUGCUGCUUUGGCCCUCCCCUGCCUGGCCCCGUUGCAGCCUUGGGGUCAAGCCCUUGGUUCCCCGACCUCUUGCUCAGGUGGGGUGAUGCCCUCCAGCAUGGGUGGGUACAAGAAGGAAGAUGCAGGGCUGGGGUGAAGGGAAUUCGGGUUGGGGAUGCCCCCCGUGAGGCUGGCAAGGGAAGGGCCAGCUCAUUCUGCCAUCUGAGAGGGACUGGCACACCCUGGUUAUGGCGCCGUGGGGUGUCUUGGAAGGAUGGGGCGGGGAGACAGUCAGGAUACAUACCUGGCCCAUCCCCUCUUCUGCCCUGCGUGGGGUGGGUUCAGUGUGGGUCUGCCUGGCGUCUCGGCCCUUCUUCUCUUCU